AUGGAUAUAUGUCAACAAACUCAGCUACAACUAAAUGAAAUAGAGAGAGAAAUAGCUGAAAGUCAACCAUUAGUAAGUAAUAAAAUUCCAACAGCUCAAUUACAAAAUGAAUAUGCAUCAGAUGAUAAAAUAGCAGAAUUAAUGAAAACAUAUAAGUAUAUUCGACGUAUACGUGGUGAUGGAAAUGGUUUUUAUCGUGCAUUUGCAUUUGGUUAUCUUGAAAAAAAUUUAAAUAAUAAAAAAGAACUCGAACGUUUUCGUCAAUUAACAUAUGAUUUAAAAGAUCAACUUGUUAAAUUAGGUUAUUUAGAUUUUACAGUUGAAGAUGUACGUGAUGUUGUUAUUGAAAUUAUUGAUAAUAUAUAUAAAGAAGGAAAUGAACAAAGUUUAAUAGAAAAUUUUUGUUCACCAUCAUAUUCAGAUUAUUUAGUUGCUUAUUUACGGUAA